AUGGACUCUUUUGCACCGAAGACUGGCUAUGACCAGGUAGUUGGGGUCUCCAUUCUCGGUCUACCCCUCGUCACUCGCCUGGACGAGGACCGGGUUGUGAAGAACGACUCUACUCUCCGUGAAAUUGAGGCCCUGAAAUUCGUUGCUGCCAAUACAACUACUCCCGUUCGUCGGGUCUAUGACAACAAACCUAACGAGGAGGAUGAUAGUUAUUACGUUGUGAUGGAUUACAUGCCUGGACAGCCGCUAGACAAAGUUUGGAUGAAUUUGACAAUUGACCAAAGAGCGUCUGUCUGUGACCAGCUUGCUGGAUAUCUUUCUCAACCUCAAAAAUUGAAGAGCCACCGAAUCGAAGCUGCAAAUGGCUCUUCUAAAGAGUUCAAUGAUUUUCUCGCUCGAGGUACUCAACAUCGGCCAGCUGAAAUUCAUGAAAUCCGUUUUACACAUGGUGACCUCAGCCCUAGGAAUAUCCUGGCUGAUGACAGUGGUCAUAUUGCUGCAAUUGUCGAUUGGGAAUGGGCAGGAUGGUUUCCAGAAUACUGGGAUGUCGCUCGGAUAUUUUUGGAUAUGCCAGGCAAGAAAAAGAUGCCUAACUAUGGAGAGCAGCUUUGCUCUGCUCUUCCCAACGACUAUGCCGAGGAAUUUUUGGUAAUGCUGAAUGUCGCACGUCUAGAGCACCCAUGGGACGGCGGGGUUCCUGUUGUUCAACAGCCUCAACCUAACUAA